AGAGCUGAGGCUCGCGCGGCAGUAGCUCUGGACCCCCUCCCUCAUCCCCCGCCAACGGGGGCGGGAAGCUGCGGGGUGGGAGUAGCGGAGCGUGAUUGCCCGAGGCCCCUCCUGCCGUGGCUAGGGAGAGCCAUAAAAACCCUGUUGCAACCUGCUCCGGACACCCCCUUCUGCCGGCUCUCACCCCUAGAAGAGGCUCGCCAGACUACUGAGCCCUAGCCACCCAGCCACGCCCGCCAGCCAGCCAGCCCGCCACCAUGCUGGGUAGCAAGCGACUGGGCUUGUCCGGACUGACCCUCGCCCUGUCCCUGCUCGUGUGCCUGGGCGCCCUGGCCGAGGCGUACCCCUCCAAACCUGACAACCCCGGCGAGGACGCUCCGGCGGAGGACUUGGCCAGAUACUACUCAGCGCUGCGACACUACAUCAAUCUCAUCACCAGGCAGAGAUACGGGAAACGAUCUAGCCCCGAGACCCUGAUUUCAGACCUCUUGAUGAGAGAAAGCACGGGAAACAUUCCCAGAACUAGGCUGGAAGACCCUUCUAUGUGGUGAUGGGAAAGGAAACUUGCUCUCCAGUCUCUGCCUCUUUUUCAACCCCCAUUUCAUCCUGUAAAACUAGAGUCUGCCAGUCCUCCCAAUGCAUGCAGCCCCUGUGCUCACCUCUGCAGUUUCCCUUUGUCAUCAUUGUAUAUAUGUGUGUUUAAAUAAAGCACUAUGCACUCAAAA